UUUCUUCGAUCUUUUUUUUUUUUUGUGGUGAUGUGAAGUUGUGAACCCCCUCGAGGGUGGCCGAAAUAAACUAAAUUGAAAUUAUUUUUAAUUGAACUAAAAUUAUUUUACUAAAUUUUAUUUCAAAGUUGAAAAGAAUUAGCAAAUGAGUACUUUAAAUGUUUUAUUUUUGGCAUUUUUUCCAAAAAUAUUGGUACUUAUAGCUUCAACAAAUUAUUAGGUUUAAAUUGUCUAUGAUUAAGGAUUACUUUUUUUUUUUUUUUAAAUGCAUCACUUGAGAUUUUACACAAUUCAUUUGUUACCUUUGACUUAAUUUUUUUAACUACUACGGAGUAUAAAAUUUGAGUGUGAGGGAUAACUCACGUGGUUAGAGUUCCCCUCCCGAUUUCAGGUGAUACUACGGAGUAUAAAAUUUACAAACAUAUUAAGGUAAUAUAUUGUUGUAUUUAUUACAAUGUCUAAAUUCAUAAACAAUUAAUCUUGAAGAACAUAUUUUUUUUGAGCGAGCUUCAUAAUUAUGCGACACAUUCUUUAUUAACAACUUAACGCUAAAUCGCCGCUAAUAGGGAUUUUAGACCCCAACCAUAACAACAAGCUUCGAUCAUACACCAACCACACGAACCGCACUUCACUUCCUACAGUUCAACAAGUGGACAGCUACCGUAAACCACAACUUCACCACCAAAACACAAAAACGAACAACAAUUCUGAAAAAAAAAACUUGCACUGGUACUCAACAACCUUGUUUUUUCUGUCAUAUACUUUUGUUUUGCCUAAAAAUUUCUUCACCACAUUACAAACUCGAUCAAAUGUCGUCUGCAACUGCGAAUCCAUCGCUCUCUUCUCCUGCAGUUUCUCACUCCUCUUUCCCUUCCUAUUACUCUCUUUCUCGCCGCCAAUUUUCUCUCUCCUUUACACCAUCGUUUUCAUCGAAGAAUUUCAGUGGAGGUCUCAAAUUGGUCUCACUUUGUUGUCGAUCUCCUAAUUUUAAUUCCACUUCUACUGUUUCUGCCAUGUCCAAUUCUUCGCCUUCGCCUUUGUCCGCCAUUGAUUUUCUUACAUUGUGUCAUCGCCUUAAGACCACAAAAAGGAAGGGAUGGAUUAAUCAUCGGAUAAAGGGCCCUGAAUCCAUUGCUGAUCAUAUGUAUCGAAUGGCGUUGAUGGGUUUGAUUGCUGGGGACAUUCCGGGUGUGAACAGGGAGAGAUGUAUCAAGAUGGCAGUAGUUCAUGAUAUUGCUGAAGCUAUUGUUGGAGAUAUAACACCCUCUGAUGGCAUACCAAAAGAAGAAAAGAGCAGAAUGGAGCAGGAAGCAUUGAAUGAAAUGUGUGAAGUUCUUGGUGGUGGGAUGAGAGCUGACGAGAUCAAAGAACUCUGGACUGAGUAUGAAAAUAAUUCUUCUUUGGAAGCUAAUCUGGUGAAGGAUUUUGAUAAAGUCGAAAUGAUUCUUCAGGCGUUAGAGUAUGAAACUGAGCAUGGGAUGGUUCUUGACGAGUUCUUCUUGUCAACAGCUGGAAAGUUUCAGACUGAAUUAGGAAAAAGCUGGGCUGCUGAGGUUAUAUCUAGAAGGAAAUCCACCUUGGCUAGUAAAGGAAAAUAAGCAGCAAACUAACCGUAGUCUUGAUCUUUACUGAAGGAGCUGAUGGCUACUCAAAAACUGGAGUAGCUUCAUCGUGAUUGAUCAGUCCAGCGAAUUGAUGGUUUUACACCGUUGCUCGUAAUUUUGUAUGCUGAUUACAUAUAAGCAGGCAUUUGUGGUACUUUUUUAUGCAGAUUGAGGCGUAUAGGGGUUUAGCUCGUAGUUCACCCAGAUUCUAUAGUUUUUACUCCUAAGAUCAGAAAAUGUUUCCCGUGUUUCAUGCUCGCUUAACGAUUAGCAUAAUAAAUCGACGUUUUUGCACCAUGAUUAACAAUGA